AUGGACUCCACCAAAAAAGUCACCAAGAAGCUGUCUGGUGCUGCUGCAGGUACAGCUGCUUGGUGCACAAAUGUGGGGAACGAGCACGGUCAGGUUCUUGUCUCCGUUAUGACAGCCGGCGAGGGACAAGCACUUGACGCCAUGGCAGAUGGCCUAAUGAAGCGGUACAGGGAGGCAGGCGAGCCACAACCAAAAAUUCUGUACGUGGACAGAGACUGCUGCAGUCAGCAUGGCCCUUGCCGGACGAAGACCAUGUUUGCUGAGUGGGACGGGCUUCAAGUGCGCCUUGACAUUUGGCAUUUCAUGCGCCGGUUUGCCGCAGGUGUCACGACAGAAGCACACCGCCCUUACCUGGUGGGUCUCCGUGAGGCCUCUUACCUCACUCCACUGCAGGUGACCCAGGUCAUCCAGCUGUGGACAGCUCUCCCUGACUGCGACAAGAAGCGGGUCAACUACCAGCCUCGUCAUCAGGAGCGACUGACACAUGGCCGUUUUAAGGCUCCCAAGCGGUCUGGAGUCACGCCGGGUGUGGAGAGCGUUAAGCGCUGCUUAAUAGGACAUCCUGGGGGGCCAGCUCAGUGGCCUGCCACCAGCCGCUUGGUUGAGGCCAUGUGUAAAACACUGUGCACUUUGCACAAGACGACCACCAAGAAGGCAGGAGUUACCACCCCCAGAUGGUCAAAGAUUCUCCGCGACUACCACCACAUCCGGGAUCUAGUGCUCAACAGUCCUACGGUUAUGCAGGGCACAAAGAUCCAGCUCUUUGAGAUUAAUCAGCGGACACUCAUUCAAUGGUUUCAACGGCAUCAGAAGAACCAGGAGAUGAGUGUCCUUUCUCAGGGAGUGGCUUCCACCAACCUGAUUCCUGUGGCACCUGACCAGCUUCCACCACCGAAGGAACAACUGCAGCUCCUUCCUCCGACAUCAGGCCCACAGCAUGAAUUUGUCCUCCCUCCAAAUCUGGUGGGGCAAGCUCCUGAUCUGCGGCCAGGCCGACGCCCGGCUGCUGCCACCAGAGAGCGCCCCAUCGCACCUGCCCCCACUGCACCAGACUUCGCAAGGCUCAUGUCAGCUCCUAGGAUGUUGCCUGCUUGUGCCUCAACACCCAGUGCAGGCCCAGCUCCACUUGUUCCUGCUCCAGCUGCUCCUGUGUCCCGGUUCACAAAGAGGAACAGGCAACGUCGGGCCCUUGAGGAGGAGAGUGGAGUGGGGAAAAGGAAAUACAUUAGAGGGGUCACCUACAACACCUGUAGACAAUGUGGGCAGCCCAAAACCAAGGACUUUGGGCACAGUCGUCAUGGCAGUGCCACCUUCUGCUCACGUGCCUCAAAUGGCAAAUCCCUGAACGAUUGGUUGGCAGAACAAAGAGCAGCAACAUAA